AUGUGGCUUUACGACAGAAAGUUAGUAAAUAGAGUGUCACUCCGACUUUCUGGAGUCAUUUCGUUUGUAGAUGUUUUGUCGGGGGGUGCUGUAAUAGCAUAUACGUUGCAUACCACCGGAGAUAACGCAUGUACUUUUAUCGGGUGGGCAAUGUCUUUCCUUCCGACAUUAUAUCUAUUCUUGACGGUGAUGAUAGCAUUUAAUCUACAGAUUGUAUUUCUUCAUCGUAAGAAAGUUUCGUCUUUUUCUGAUCGAUGGUACAUACCUGUGGCCUUCUUUAUCUCUUUUGCUAUAAAUAUUCCUCCUUUGGUUUAUAAUCGAUUUGGAUUUGAUUCAGAAGGAAGAACAUGCCUUUAUCACGAUCCUUUUGGUAAUGAAACACAAUUAUGGAAAUUGGCUACUUUUAUCAUUCCAGUGUCUUUAUCUAUGAUAUAUUGCACAUUAGUUCUUGCAAUUGUUAUAAUGAAAUUAAUCUUUGAACAUCGAAAACUGGCUGAUGCAGUUCAUACACAAAAGAGUAAUACAACUUUAACUGCAAAAAACAAACGACAAAAGUUACUCUUGUUGAAAUUAGUUAGUCGUAUUUCUUUAUAUGCAGCAAUUCCUCUUUUGAAUGUUAGUGGGAUUGUCGUUGAAUAUACUUGGUUAUCUAUUAAUAAAGAUGCUAGAUUACCACCAACACCCAUUAUUUAUUGGGCGGUUUUCGGAUCAUGCCUUCCCGUUAAAAAAAAUCUUAUUGAUAAUUACGGUUAUGAGAGACCUGGACUUACUCCUUCUUUGAACAGUCCUCCUUCAUCACCAUCUUUUCCACCAACUCCAACAAGCCCAUUCUUUAUGCCUCCGUCAUCACCAACAUUUUUAUAUGGGUCUCCUCCAAAGUCACCCCGUACACCUGGUAUGCGUAUCUUAAUACCACCUUAUUCACCACACAGAUCUGGUUUCUCACCACUUGGAUCUGCCCUCUCACCACUUAAAUCUCAAUUUGACUCGAAUAUUACUCGAACUAAAAUGAAUCAAAAUCGACCAAUUUUAAGAUGGUUCGUCAGAACAUUUUUAGACAAGCAAAAACUUCCCGUUAUACCAAAUGGUCUUUCAAUAAAUUCAGGAUCAGAUCGUGGACAUGCAUAUAGUUCGGCUACUGCUAAUUCUGGGACCUUAUCCGGUCAAAGUUACGGUCAUGAUUAUCGUAAUGGCGAAACACGCAGAUAUAUGUAUGAUAUAUAUAACAAUGCAAGUGAUAAGCGAAGAAGUAAAUUCAUGAAGAGAAUAUCACGUGUCCUAAUUACACCUACCGAAGAACGUGAUUUGGAUUUUUCAAUAACAACAUCUACCGAAACAGUAGUUACAAGUAGUGAUUUGACUGAUUCAUUUGAAUCCGAGACAAAAACGGUAGUUAACCCUUCUAAGAAGCCACCACGACUUAACAACUCAAAUCGAUUAGUCUAUGAACAUAGUUAUGAUGGUAGUGGUUCAUUUUUAUUUCCUCCUGUGGCGGGAAACACUACUAUCAACAUUCAUGUGCAUCAAUAUCCUUCAAAUACUUGUAUUGAAGCUGGGCCGUCGCGGUACAUCAAUCAUCGCAGAUCUGAUUCUAAUGAUUCAACAGUAUCAAGAGAUUCAAUUGAUAAUGAAAUAUCAGCAUAUUAA